AUGGAGAACAAUUAUUUUCCACGUUCCUCAGUGGUAGACGUACUGUGGACACCCAAACACCUCAGGGAUAAAAGCACCUCACUGCUUCCUACGUCUAGAAUCACACUGCAAAUGUGGGACUACCUCCAUAAACGACAUGAGAACACUGCAAAAUUUUCUCCAUGGGCUCCGAUAACAACGUUACAUUCCAUCUCCCCAUGGUUAUCUUUACAUAAAUGGAAAGACAAGGGCAUUACACACAUCACUGAUAUAUAUCAACAUGGGACCAUUUUACCCUUCCCUGAUAUACAACUCAAGUAUGCCUUACCGUCCAACUACAUAUUCCCAUACCUCCAACUCAAAAGCAUAAUUAAAGAAAGGAUACAAACCCCGACCCAACAUGCUCCCGCCCUAAACCUUGAUCUUAUAGCUAUAUAUAAUAGGUGCCGAAAAGCGCCAAUCAAAGCCAAAGCUUUAUCCCUUGGAUAUGCCGCCUUAGGGCAACAUCCCCCUCUGACGAAUUUCGCUUUUGCGAUCCAAUGGCACAAAGAAGGGCACCCACAGUUCACUACUGUUCAGUGGCUAAG